AUGGCUCUGCACUUGCUGGCUCUGAGCUUUCUCCUGGCUCUUGUAACACUGCUGGCAGCGCAGGGCCAGAAAGAUCCCGAUCCCAAGGACCAAGGAUUCCCGUUGGAAACAGAAACGUGCCAAAGGCCACAGUGGGACUCAAGACUCCGGCUGACACCAGACCAGGAGAAUUACAAGAAGAAUGAAGAAGUGCUGCUGAGCUGCCCUGAGGGCUUCCAGCCGUCCUUCACUGAAAUCAAAUGUUCAAGCGAAGUCCAGUCCAUCAGUCACGGGAAACCUGUACACAGAGAAGUUUGGCGUGGGAGGGACAGCAGAGGUGGCUGGGUCCCCAUUCGGUCCAAGGUGGAAUGCAUGGAGGUUCUCCAGGUUGUCCCUGGGACCUUGAAGAUCUCCAGCACCAGCAUAAAACAGAACUGGACCUGCAGGUUCCCUGAUGCCUGCCAGCACAUGCGGGCCAUGUGCCGUCUGGCAGUGCCUUCCUCCCCUCCCUGUGAGGCUGAGGAGGUGAAGGGAGAGGAGAUGCUACAUGGCCAGGAGGGAACAUUUACCUGCCGCCAUCUGCAGCCCUUCACUGCCUACAGUGUCACCAUCUCCCUGCCCCCCAACACAACCCUUUUCACAUGGUUUAUCAGCACAGAUGGAACAGUGCCGGACAAACCAGAGGAGCUGUGGCUGGAUCCCACAACGGGGUCCCUCAAGUGGAAGGCGCUGCCCUCCUGCAAAGGAGAGAUCACUGGAUACCAGCUGAACAUCACGACGAGGAGCGCGCAGGACGGCGGCUUCCUGGAGCUGGAGCGGCUUGUCCGUGACAUCUCCCCAUCGCAAGGGACGGCCGUGCUUCCCCUCCGCCCCAUCGCCCGUCCCCCCGAGGGGGCGAG